AUGGAUGAAAAGUCCUUUACGUACAUUCUCACGCCAGCCACUUCAACGCGCGAGUGCGUUCACCGCGUUUUGUGUAAAGAUUUACCCUCACUUGAAGAAGCCGUUGAAAGUUCAGAGAGAAUGUCAGGAACUUGGCUGGUAGAGCGCGAUGAAUUCGUCGACGAGGUUCUGUCUGGUUUUGACCGGACAGCGAAGUGCCGCUCUUUUUCCCGCGAUAAUAGCAGCAGCAGCAGCAGCGGUCGCAUUCGCAUCAGCACCGUUAAAGAAUACUCGUCGCCUGGUGGAUGCAUUCUGCCCGAGACGGUGGAAGCGAGGGGAAAUGUACAUUCAAAAAGGGUACCGCCUUUCUUUGAAGAGGGUGUGUGGCCGCUUGUCUGGGCGCAGUUUGAGCGCGAUAUACGCCGAGAGACGCUCUUAAUCGACGGCACCCUGGAGGAUGAUGCGGUCAGAGCGCUGGAUCGCAUACAAGCUCUGUUACUUGAUGCGUAUAAUUAUCAACUACCCCACAACACUGGCGACGCUAUAUUGAGCACUGGUGAGAAUCCCGAAACGAAAGGGUUUUUCUCCGGGCUCUUCACGACGGCGCGUGGCUUGGCCCGACGGGUGCAAUCUGCAUAUGCUGAAAUGAGUAAGUGGCGUGCAGUGGCCGAUGCUUUGCGUCUUGCUGUCCUGAUGUCGCAGCAAACCGUAUUGGCUUUACCAGUGGAAAUCCUAAAUGCACAGUUUUGUGAGCCGUCGCGUGAUAGUUCUGGCAGUGAUCGAGGUGAAGGGCAAACGGUCUACAUUGGAGAGCCCCAUGUAGGUAGUGCAAAACGUGGGGAAGCACCCUCUCAUCCAGAUGAAGAGGCGAGGGGAAGAAUGAUAGUGCAUUUGGCGCGCCGCGACCGUGGUAAUAGACUUCCCUUUGUGUGUGUUGAGAAGUCGCUGCAUGUCUCCACGGUGGACGAAGCCGCGAACCAUUCGACCAAGCUGCGGCUUUGGAUAGCCGUCCGGGUUGACCUUUUCACCAAAGACCACGUGGAGUUGAACUGGGAGUGGCGCCGGCCCUGA